AUGUCGUCCACAGUCAUCCCCGCCAGCCUCAGUGGCGACGAGCUCAUCAAGAAGUACAUCGGCGCGGGUACCUGGGCCUUCAUCGAGGACAAGUUCACCCCCUUUGGCAAGGAGACCCUCGUCAAGGUCAUCCGCUUCGUCGUCGAUGAGUGCAUCCCCGCCGAGCGACUCUACCACGCUCAGGUCUCCACCGACCCCGCCAAGCGAUGGAAGGUCAUCCCCGAGGUCGUCGAGCAGCUCAAGAAGAAGGCCAAGUCGCAGGGCCUCUGGAACCUCUUCCUCUCCGCCAAGCACUACCCUGGCCUCGGCUCGCCUUUGACCAAUCUCGAAUAUUCCGUCAUUGCCGAGAUGACCGGUCGAUGCUCCCACUUUGCCUCCGAGUCGCUCAACUGUGCUGCUCCCGACACGGGCAACAUGGAGGUGUUCGCCAAGUACGGCAACCAGCAGCAGAAGGACACAUGGCUCACUCCCCUGCUCAACGGUGAAAUCCGCUCUGCCUUUGCCAUGACGGAGCGCUUCAUCGCCUCGUCGGACGCCACCAACAUCCGCACCUCGAUUCGCCAGGAGGGCAACGAGAUUGUCAUCAACGGCCACAAGUGGUGGAUUUCGGGUGCCGGUGACCCGCGAUGUGCCGUCCACCUGGUGAUGGGCAAGUCGGACCCCGAGAACAGCAACAGCCACGCACAGCAGAGUCUGGUCAUCGUGCCCGCCAAUGCGCCCGGUGUCAAGGUCAUCCGCCCCAUGCAGGUGUUUGGCUACGACGAUGCGCCCGAGGGCCACUGCGAGGUGAUUUACGAAAACGUUCGUAUCCCUCUCAGCAACCUCGUGCUCGGCUGGGGUCGUGGGUUCGAGAUCAUCCAGGGUCGUCUUGGUCCUGGUCGUAUUCACCACUGCAUGCGCACUAUUGGUACUGCGGAGCGUGCGCUCGAGCUCAUGCUCGCCCGUUGCACCGACCAGCGAAAGAAGGCGUUCGGCAAGACGCUCUCGGAGCACGGCACCAUUGUUCAGAACAUUGCUUGGGCGCGCAUCAAGAUUGAGCAGAGCCGUCUGCUCGUGCUGUCGGCCGCCAACAUGAUCGACAAGACCAACGCCAAGGGAGCCAUGCGCGAGAUCGGCAUGUCCAAGGUCGCCGUCGUCAACGCUGCACUCGAGGUGCUCGACAUGUCCAUGCAGGCCCACGGCGCCGAAGGUGUCUCGCAGGACACCAUGCUCGCAUACGCCUACGCCCAGCUGCGAACGCUCCGAUACGCCGACGGGCCCGACGAGGUCCACCUGCAGCAGCUCGGCAAGCUCGAGCUCCGAAGGGCACCCGAGGUGUGGGAGAAGCUCAACAAGACCCAGGCCAUCUCGGAUGCUCUGCUCGCCAAGGCCGGCAUCAAGAGCCACCUUUGA